AUGAGUUUGGAAUUCAAAGUGUUGACGUUAAACUGCUGGGGUAUACCUUAUGUAUCGAAAGACAGAAAAAACCGAAUGAAAGCCAUAGCUUGUUACUUAAAAAACAGCGAAUACGACGUGGUUUGUUUACAAGAAGUAUGGACAGAUGGAGAUUUCGAUUUGAUCAAAAACGAAUCUUCGAAUAUUUACCCUUACGUGCAUUAUUUCUACAGUGGCGUUAUCGGUUCGGGUUUAUGUAUACUUUCGAAGCACGUAAUAGAAGAGGCCUUUUUCCACCAGUGGUCUUUAAACGGUUACAUUCAUAAAAUCCACCACGGUGAUUGGUUCGGGGGCAAAGGCGUGGGAUUGUGUAAAUUAACCGUUAACAAUUUCAACGUAAACAUCUACACUGCUCACCUACAUGCCGAAUAUAAUAGAAACAGCGACGAAUACGAAGCUCAUCGUGUACUGCAAGCAUUCGAUACCGCUCAGUUUAUUUUGCUCACAUCCCGAGGGGUCGAUUUAGUGGUACUCGCAGGCGAUUUGAAUACGAUGCCUGGCGAUUUAGCCUACAAAGUCAUAAAAACCGUACCGGGUCUAAUGGAUUCAUACGAAUGCUGCCGUGAGCCGAUCGAGGACAGCUCGACGUGCGAAAGCCCUCGAAACAGCUACACUCAGAGAAAAUCCCACGGGCAAAGGAUCGAUUACAUUUUGUACCAUCCCGGCGCCAAAUUGCAGGUGGCUUUGAAGAGCUACGAUCUACCCCUGCCCGAUAGGGUGCCCUGUUGCCCGUACAGCUACUCGGACCACGAAGCCGUAGAAGCCACGCUGGAAAUCGGCGAGGCGCCCAUCAAGCACGCCGCGCAGAAGGAAAACGAGACGGAAACCGUGCUGCGCGAUUCAUUGGCUGUAUUGAACAAGGCCUUGAACGAUCUGGCGUCCAGCAGGAUUUGCUACGGGUUCGUGUUUGUUGUGUUAUCGUGCGUUUUGGUGGUUUCUUUCGCUUUCGGUGUGCCGCCGGGUUAUUCGGUGAUUUACGACUUCGCUAGGGUUUUAUUGACGAUUUUCGCGGCGUUUUUUCUACUUAUGGCGACUAUUUGGGUUAAAAUCGAGAGGCACGGGUUGCUCGCUGGUAAACUGGCAAUGGAAAUAUCCUUAAAGAAGCUAUCAUAA